AUGGAAUCUCUCGUCUAUGAAAAUUCGCCUUUGGCGGACUAUCUCCAGGGGGAGGGUGAGCACGACCCAAGCUGGCCUGUCAAGGAGUCUGAGAAUAGCGAUAUUGCCUCUGAGUCGACAGCGGCGGAUUACGCUCCACGAGGAACAUCGAAAUUUCAAGGGCGGAUCCGGAAUAAGCUCCCCAAGCCACUAGACCUAAAAUCUUCGCAUCAGAGAGUGGCUCUAGGGAGGCUGUAUGACGCCUGUACGUCGGCGCUGAAUUCGCGAGUUGGACGGAGUGAUAAUGAGAGGUUUUUGGAACAAUUCGGAUAUGUCAUCGUCGCGUCGCAGUUAUUGAACGAGCAUAGCGCCCCUUCCUACACGUCAGCUGCAGAUGUACUCUCCAAUUCGCGUUUGGCAGAUCUUCCGUCAAUCUCCUCAACUUUCGGACUACAGGGCGCCGUCGUUACGGCUUCGACAUCUUUCUCUAUCGCUUGGUUGUUGCACUGGAGCCGGCCUCGAUCGGGCUCUGCCCUCAAUCCCCGGAAAGUUGGCGUUCUACUGGUUUUGGUUCCCGUGAUCGGAGUAUUAUUUUAUGCCUUCGCCAAACGUCAAUGGCUCAAAUACUUGCGACAUCAAGCUGUGGAUGCGGCAGGGUUUCUCAUCGGCAACGCUCAAGGGUUCGAUUCUGCCGCCUCGGCAUCGGUUGUGUUUAUACAGGAGGUCGAGCUGGUCUCCAGAGGCUACCGCAUAAGCACGCCGUUGCCCCCCAUCUCAAGGCUCGAGGAUCAGGCACAAACACGAAGGUGCCUAAGACUGCGUCGGACUGUGUCGGAAUGCUUCUACUUCAUGUUAAAACGGUAUCUUCAGGCGCAGCGCUGCCUGCGACCCAUCACAGACAACAACAAUCUGGCCAAGUAUUAUGACAUCUACGAUGUCUCGGAGGAAGAGUUGGCGGAGGCUGAAUUGGCGCUUGCUGAGCGAAAGACUGAGGACCAGUACUCCCUACGUGCUCUUCGCACUCUGUUCGGGCGGCUAUACGUUGUGAGGAAGAGCAUACUGUGCUGUCUAUUAGCUUUGGGUGCCGAUGGUGGCGGGUCUGAUAUUGCGAGAUGGAGCGUUGCUGUUGAGCAAAUGCAGGAUCUGGCUGAGGUAACGGGUGAAAAUACCGAAAAAAUGACGAGCAUUCUCAAUGAGGAGGAUAGCAACCCAGUGCCUCGUUCUCCCCUGCCCACAGCAUCUCCCAAAAAGGAGCAUCUCCGCGCGCAAUACAGAAGGCUUAAUUCUCUAUCUCAGGCAAUCCGUGCGCUUCAUGCCAAAAUGCAUCUCCUCAGAGAAAUGUCUAGUGCCACUUUGGAGCAACCGGAUACAAGUGAGAGUGAUGAGACUGAAGCGACUCUACUGUCUCAAUACGAAUCAAUCGGGUCGGACAUCAAGAACCUACUUCAAGAAUGGGAGAGUGGUAAAACUGCCAUGACAAGUAACUCAGAUAAGCGGUUGACUGUAGAUCGUCUUUCACGGCCGUUGAGCGAGUGGAAGCUACCAUCAUCUCCCACUCCUAGCCUGGGUGGUUCCACAACAGUCGAAGGUAGCCCGUCCGAUGCGCUUAAAGCUUUGAAUGGCGAACGGCCGGAUUCCAGCGUCAUCCAUUUCGACGAAGAAGAGGAGAUCUUUGAAGCUGUGGCUCUCCCGGCUCGCAGUAAAAGACAGUCUUUGACGAGAGAGGAGCGGAUCGCACGUGUCAAAGAAGACCGAGCAAAACAAGCUGCGGCACGAGAGCGUCUUGACGCCAACACCAACAUGUUGAAAGAGCUUGAGAUGGUUAUAAAGCAACGACCACCGCCAGCCUCGAAACGGAAUCUGUCUGACACUAAUCCCUCAUAUAUUCCCUUUUUUAUCUCAUAUCUCUUUAUUACUACCAUACAUAUCAAGAUGUUGGAAGCUCGCCUAGAACAAGCCUCUCUCCUCAAGCGCGUUGUCGAUGCCAUCAAAGAUCUUGUGCAGGACUGCAACUUUGACUGCAAUGACUCCGGUAUCGCCCUGCAGGCCAUGGAUAACUCCCAUGUUGCCCUGGUUUCUAUGCUGUUGAAGGCUGAAGGCUUCUCCCCAUACCGCUGCGACCGCAACAUUGCCCUCGGUAUUAACUUGGUCUCCUUGACCAAGGUCCUGCGGGCUGCCCAAAAUGAAGAUAUCCUCACUCUCAAGGCGGACGAUUCGCCUGACGCCGUUAACCUGAUGUUCGAGAGUGCGGAGACCGAUAGACUAAGCGAAUAUGAUAUCAAGUUGAUGGACAUUGACCAAGAGCAUCUGGCUAUCCCGGAGACCGAGUAUGCCGCUACCGUGGAGAUGCCAUCGGCAGAGUUCCAGCGGAUCUGCAGAGAUCUCAACGCACUUUCUGAGUCGGUUGUCAUUGAGGCUACCAAGGAAGGUGUCAAGUUCUCCUGCCAGGGUGAUAUUGGCAGUGGGUCCGUCACCAUCCGCCAACACACCAGCGUUGAAAAGCCCGAACAGAACGUUUCCAUUGCUCUCUCUGAGCCCGUUGCCCUCACAUUCUCCCUCAAGUACCUCGUCAACUUCUGCAAAGCCACCAACCUCUCCAGCAAGGUGUCCCUCUGUCUGUCCCAGGAGGUUCCCUUGCUUGUUGAGUACGGUCUGGGAAGUGGCCACUUGAGGUUCUACCUCGCUCCUAAGAUCGGCGACGAGGAGUAA